AUGGCUACGAAUUUUAACGACAUCGUCAAACAGGGCUAUGUGAAAAUGAAGAGCAGGAAAUUGGGGAUCUAUCGGAGAUGCUGGCUGGUGUUCAGGAAAUCCUCCAGUAAAGGGCCCCAGCGGCUAGAGAAGUAUCCGGACGAGAAGUCAGUGUGCCUGCGUGGAAGCCCAAAGGUCACGGAGAUCAGCAACGUGAAGUGCAUCACGCGAUUGCCGAAAGAGACCAAGAGGCAGGCCGUGGCCAUCAUCUUCACCGAUGACUCGGCCAGGACCUUCACCUGCGACUCGGAGCUGGAGGCCGAGGAGUGGUACAAGACCCUGUCCAUCGAGUGCCUAGGAGCACGUCUCAACGACAUCAGCCUGGGGGAGCCCGACCUCCUGGCUCCCGGGGUGCAGUGUGAGCAGACAGAUCGGUUCAACGUGUUCCUGCUGCCCUGCCCGAACCUGGACGUGUACGGGGAGUGUAAACUGCAGAUCACCCACGAAAACAUCUACCUCUGGGACAUGCACAACCCCCGGGUGAAGCUCAUCUCCUGGCCCCUGUGCUCGCUGCGCCGCUAUGGGCGCGAUGCCACCAGGUUCACCUUCGAGGCCGGCCGCAGGAUGUGUGACGCAGGGGAAGGGCUCUACACCUUCCAGACCCAGGAGGGAGAGCAGAUUUACCAGCGGGUGCACAGCGCCACCCUGGCUAUCGCAGAACAGCACAAGAGGGUCCUGCUGGAGAUGGAGAAGAACGUCAGGCUGCUGAACAAGGGCACAGAACAUUACUCCUAUCCCUGCACGCCCACCACCAUGCUGCCCCGGAGCGCCUAUUGGCACCACAUCACCGGCUCGCAGAACAUCGCCGAGUCCUCCAGCUACGCCGGUGAAGUGUACUCCGGGGCCCAGGCCAGCUCGGACACAGACCUCCUGAACAGGUUCAUCUUACUGAAGCCAAAGCCUGCAAAAAGCGGCAAGAGCGACAGCAAAGAGCCCAAGUCUGCUUCUCAGUGA